GGAGGAAGGAGAGAGGAGGUGGAGGUGGCCGCAGCCUGAGUCGCGGCCGGGAUGUCCGGGCAGCCGCCGCCGCCGCCGCCGCAGCAGCAGCAGCAGCCACCGCAACAGCAGCAGCAGCAGCAGCAGCAGCUGCAGCUGCCGCCGCCACCGCCGGCGGCCGUGGCCCCGAUCUCCGGAGUCGUUCUGCCCGCGCCCCCGGCCGUCAGCACCGGCUCCUCUCCGGCCGGCUCGCCCGGCGGCGGCGCGGCCGGCAGCAGCAGCAGCAGCAGCAGCAGCAGCGGCGGCGGCGGCGGAGGCUUGGGGGCCGCGGCCGCCGCGCUGCUCCUCCACCCGCCGCCGCCGCCGCCGCCGCCCCCGGCCACCGCGGCCCCGCCGCCUCCGCCGCCGCCGCCGCCCCCCGCCUCGGCAGCCGCCCCGGCCAGCGCGCCCCCUGCGCCCCCGGGCCUCUCCGCGGGCCCCGGCCCGGCCCCGGCCCUGGCGGCGGCGGGCAGCAGCUCCGCGGCCCCCUUCCCGCACGGAGACUCGGCCCUGAACGAACAGGAGAAGGAGCUGCAGCGGCGGCUCAAGCGCCUUUACCCGGCAGUGGACGAGCAGGAGACGCCGCUGCCGCGGUCCUGGAGCCCGAAGGACAAGUUCAGCUACAUCGGCCUGUCGCAGAACAACCUGCGGGUGCACUACAAAGGUCAUGGCAAAACCCCGAAAGAUGCAGCAUCAGUUCGUGCCACACAUCCAAUACCAGCAGCCUGUGGGAUUUAUUAUUUUGAAGUAAAAAUUGUCAGUAAGGGAAGAGAUGGCUAUAUGGGAAUCGGCCUUUCAGCCCAAGGUGUGAACAUGAAUAGACUACCAGGAUGGGAUAAACAUUCGUAUGGUUACCACGGGGAUGAUGGACAUUCAUUUUGUUCUUCUGGAACUGGACAACCUUAUGGACCAACUUUUACAACUGGUGAUGUCAUUGGCUGUUGCGUUAACCUUAUCAACAAUACCUGCUUUUACACCAAGAAUGGACAUAGUUUAGGUAUUGCUUUCACCGACCUGCCGCCAAAUUUGUAUCCUACUGUGGGACUUCAGACUCCAGGAGAAGUAGUAGAUGCUAAUUUUGGGCAGCAUCCUUUUGUGUUUGACAUAGAAGACUACAUGCGAGAAUGGAGGACCAAAAUACAGGCUCAGAUAGAUCGGUUUCCUAUUGGAGAUCGAGAAGGGGAGUGGCAGACCAUGAUACAGAAAAUGGUUUCAUCCUAUUUAGUCCAUCAUGGGUACUGUGCCACAGCAGAGGCCUUUGCCAGAUCUACAGACCAGACUGUUCUAGAAGAAUUAGCUUCCAUUAAGAACAGACAAAGAAUUCAAAAAUUGGUAUUAGCAGGAAGAAUGGGAGAAGCCAUUGAGACGACACAACAGUUAUACCCCAGUUUACUUGAAAGAAAUCCUAAUCUCCUUUUCACAUUAAAGGUGCGUCAGUUUAUAGAAAUGGUGAAUGGUACAGAUAGUGAAGUACGGUGUUUGGGAGGCCGGAGUCCAAAAUCUCAAGACAGCUACCCUGUUAGUCCUCGGCCCUUCAGUCCAGCUGUGAGCCCCAGCCACGGGAUGAAUAUUCACAAUUUAGCAUCAGGCAAAGCAAGUACUGCACAUUUUUCUGGUUUUGAAAGUUGUAGUAAUGGUGUCAUAUCUAAUAAAGCACAUCAGUCAUAUUGCCAUAGUAAACACCCAUCAUCCAGUUUGAAUGUACCAGAACUGAACAGUAUAAAUAUGUCAAGAUCACAACAGCUUAAUAACUUUACCAGUAAUGAUGUAGACAUGGAAACAGAUCACUACCCCAAUGGAGUUGGAGAGACCUCAUCCAAUGGUUUCCUAAAUGGUAGUUCUAAACAUGACCACGAAAUGGAAGACUGGGACACCGAAAUGGAAGUUGAUUCGAGUCAGUUAAGACGCCAGUUAUGUGGAGGAAGUCAAGCUGCCAUCGAAAGAAUGAUCCAUUUUGGAAGAGAGCUGCAAGCAAUGAGUGAACAGCUGAGGAGGGAAUGCGGCAAGAACACGGCAAAUAAGAAAAUGUUGAAGGAUGCCUUCAGUUUACUAGCAUAUUCAGAUCCUUGGAACAGCCCAGUUGGAAACCAGCUUGACCCGAUACAGAGAGAACCUGUGUGCUCAGCUCUUAACAGUGCAAUAUUAGAAACUCACAAUCUGCCAAAGCAGCCUCCACUUGCCCUAGCAAUGGGACAGGCCACACAGUGUCUGGGACUGAUGGCUCGAUCAGGAAUUGGAUCCUGUGCUUUUGCCACAGUGGAGGACUACCUGCAUUAGCCGUGCAUUUCAAGCUCACACCUAUACUGUGGCAUAGUCAACACGGAAGUAGACCAGCUCUGCUGAUUUGAAGUUUAGACUUUUUAAUUAUGUACUGGGGACAGGUUUUUGUCGCUUUACAUUGCUUCCUAGUUUACAGCAUGAUGCAAAUGAUUUUCUAACUUAGUGUUAGGAGAAAUUAUUUUCCAUCUUUAACCUCUUAGUUGUCUAAGAGUUAAAUAUUGCUGAAUUUCAGACAUUUAAAUUGAUCAUCACAAAUCCUAUAAAUUACUUAAAAGAAACCAAAAAAUCCUGCCUUCUUUGUGUGGGGGAGAGGGGGAAAGGAAAAUGGAACAAGUUGUGUUUGUGUUAGCAUGUGGGUGAUGUAAAACUUCAAAUUGGGAAGACGUUCUGACCCCCGCUCCUAUAUAAGCAUCCAAUCAGUGUAACUUGCAAAAUGCAUAAACAUCGACAGUUUGAAUUUAUAGUGUUGAUGGAAGAAAUCAUUUUUAAUGUGUACUGUAAAACUUGAAAUACUCAGGAGCUGAGUGAAUAUGUUUGUUGCUACUUACAAUCCCGACCUGUUAGUCCCAGUAGUUUUGUUUUAACAUGGUCCUUUCAGCCUUGUUUCCUGUUUAACUACAGAUGGUUUCUGUUGUAGACUCACAAGUUAACUGUUGUAUUAUAACAGUAUUACAUGUCAACAGUGUGGUUAUGACCUUUAUUUAUAUAAAAACCAAAUAUUUAGUCAAUUUACCGUGUCUUAAUUUAAUCUUUGUACACCUUCCAUUUUUAAGUGCUUAAGAUGAGUACUAUAUUGCAAUAAAAAUGUAGUGAUAUAAUUAACCAGCCAUUAAAAAUUUACUUCUACAGA